AUGGAGCAACUUGCAGAACUCUUUGCCGAGAAUAUCAUGGCGAAGGUCUGGCGGGUCGCAUGCGAGUCGCUUCCUAGCGCCGGGGCGACGGCCGAGGAACGUGCGAUGAAGUUCCCUCGCGCAUUUCCCGAAUACGUGCCCCAAAACCGCCAGCACGGCGAGAAGGCAAGCCGGUACCAUCUCCGUGAGGCAGCCUUUUGGACCUGUGGCUUCUUUCCCGGGAUCCUCUAUGAGCUGCUUGAGCGGACAGUCCGCUAUCCACAGUCAGCUGUUUACUUGUUUCGUUCAUCGCCAGAGGAGAGACGACACCAGCUCCGCGCCAUGUGUGAAAAAUGGUCAGAGCCGUUGCAUGACAUGGCCGGCAGGACGGACACACAUGACAUAGGCUUCAUUGUCAUGCCUGCCCUGCGCAAAGAUUGGGAGCUUCUUGGAAACCCUCGCAGCCUGGCAUCAAUUGUUCGGGCGGCCAAUAGCCUGGCAACGAGGUACGUUGCCUCCGCGAAGGCUAUCCGCAGCUGGGAUCUUUUGAUCAGGAAGGACACGCAGAUCACGGAUAUGAGUACCAACCUCAUCGUGAUCAUCGAUUCCUUGUGCAAUCUUGACCUCCUCUUCUAUGCCGCCGCCCAUAAUUCGUCCCCCUAUCUCGGGGAGAUCGCCGUCGCCCAUGCCCGCACCGUGAUACGCACCCACCUACGUCCGGAGCCGCAGCUCCCACAAACCACAUUCGGAAGAUAUAAUGGACAGCUAUACUCUACCAACCAUGUGACAUGUAUCGACCCGAAGACUGGCGCCAUCAAAAAUCGCAUGACAGCGCAGGGGUACGCGGAUGGGUCCACCUGGGCUCGUGGCCAGGCGUGGGCAAUACUGGGGUAUUCGCAGACUUACUUGUGGACCGGGGAGAGGGAGUUUUUGGAGGUGGCAUGCGGGACGGCAGAGUAUUUUCUGCAUAGGCUGGAGACGCACCCUGUUGCGCAGGGUACCGGAGAUGAGAAGUUGCGGUACACUUCCCCACCAUGGGACUUUGACGCUCCGAUGGAGAAGAAGGGUGAGGGCGAGGAGGUCGUGCGGGAUUCCAGCGCGGCAGCCAUUGCGGCGAAUGGGUUGCUCGUGCUGUCGCAGGCCCUAAUUUCGGAAGGAGAGAAGACGCUUGCAGCAAGGUUCUUUGACGCGGCGGUGGAUUUGAUGAGAGGUACGCUGGACUAUUCACUGGCGAGGGAGACUGCCCGGUUUCUGUUUGUUCCUGGUGGAGAAGGAGGGGAGUUGGAAGAGGGUCUGACUGUUGAAGACGUUGCGCAGGGAAAGCGGUUUGAUGCGAUCCUUAAGCAUGGAACCGCUAACAACAAUGAGAAUGCGAGGAGGCGUUAUGCAAAUCAUGGACUGGUGUAUGGGGAUUACUACCUGGUGAAGUUUGGGAACGAGCUGAUGCGCAUGGGCUUAGUAUAG